GUUGCGCCUCUGCGAAGGAGGAUUUUAGUUGAAUUUAAUAAUUCGUCCUUUACUUUCCCGCCCGUGAAUACUCCGUACACAGCGCAAACCAAACCAAAUAUAUUUAGACACUUGCCAAAUUGUUUGUAUUCCAACCAUUAAAUAUACGAUUGAAAAAUUACGCAAUUCAGAAACGUUAAACUUUGAAAUUCUUAGUUCAGAAAGGAAAUCUAUUUUUAUCUCUUGAAAUAUUUUCAGAUUUAUUAUAAAAUGAGUGGUCGUUCUGCGGCUACAGCCACGGUGAGGGCCGUUAAACGUCGCCUCAUACCAACAAAAGCAGCUCUUAGUCUUACACCUAGUGCAGUCAACAGAGUUAAACUCCUGCUCAAGGAUCAACCAGGCAGCCUUGGUCUCAGAAUAGGAGUUAGACAGAGGGGUUGUAACGGUCUCAGCUAUACUCUAGACUAUGCAGAUAAAAAAGAGAAAUUUGACGAAGAAGUUCGCCAGGACGGAGUAAAAAUUUUCAUUGACAAAAAGGCUCAGCUGAGUAUUCUUGGGACUGAGAUGGAUUAUCAAGAGUCCAAGCUUGCCUCGGAGUUUGUUUUUAACAAUCCAAAUAUAUCUGGGACUUGUGGUUGCGGAGAAUCCUUCUCCCUUUAGUUCCAUCUAGACCUAGUCACAUUCAGAAGAUAUAUCAUUUUAUUUAAUCAGACAAUUUCAGAUAUAUUAGUUUAAUUUGUUUAAUAUAUUAUAAACUUGUUGUUAAUCAUCCCCUAAGAAAUGAUUCAUUUCAGA